ACCUCCCCAACCAUCUACUUCCCACGCUCUUUCAAUGCUAUCAACCAUUCUAUUCUAUUAUAUUAUAUAUUAAUUCAUGCUAUAUAUACACCCCCCACUUCUUCCCAACUUUCUUACUGAUCACUUUUUUCUCCAAAUUUAAAUUAUUAAUUAUAAAGAAAACCCUUUUGAUAUAUAGUUAACUUGUUUAUAAUAAUAUUUUCCAUAGCCAAAUUGAGCUACCUCUGAGAUCAUCUCUCUCUCUCUCUCAGAAUGGCACCGGCGGCAGCUUCCUUUGGUCAUGAUCACCAGAACAGUAGUGCUAGUACUGCUACAGUGUGUGUAAUGGACGCCUCAGGUGAACUGGGAUUGGGCCUCGUCCAGGGUCUUAUUAAAAGGGGUUAUACGGUUCAUGCAGUGGUUCAAAACCAUGGUAAUCAUGUUAAUAAGUUGAAGUUUGAUGAGAAUAUGAUUAGUACUUGUGAGGGCAAGAAUAAUAAGCUGAAGAUUUUUCAAUCUGACCCAUUUGAUUACCAAAGCAUAAUCGAUGCCUUGAGAGGUUGUUCUGGCUUGUUCUACUCAUUCGAACCUCCACAAGAUCAAACCGAUUAUGAUGAAUUUAUGGCAGAUGUGGAGGUAAGAGCAGCACACAAUGUUCUAGAAGCAUGUGCUCAAACAGAUACAAUUGACAAAGUAGUCUUCACAUCUUCAAUCACAGCCGUUGUUUGGAGAAACGAUCGUACAUCUAUUUUAUCUGAUUUGGAUGAACGACAUUGGAGUGACGUUAAUCUUUGUCGUAAUUUCAAGUUGUGGCAUGGACUAUCAAAGACCCUCGCAGAGAAGACGGCUUGGGCUUUGGCGAUGGACCGAGGAGUGAAUAUGGUGUCCAUUAACGCGGGCUUGUUAAUGAACCCCCAAUUAUCGAUCAACAACCCAUAUUUGAAAGGAGCGGCGGAGAUGUACGAAGAUGGAGUAUUCGUGACCGUUGAUUUGGAUUUCUUAGCAGACGCUCACAUAGCUGUCUUCGAAGACGUCUCAUCGUACGGUAGAUAUUUAUGCUUCACUCGCAUCAUCAAUCAAACGGAAGAUGCUCUUGAACUUGCCAGAAAGUUGGCCCCUUCCACGCCUACCCCACCUCAAAGCCAUGAGCAGGAUAAGAGGAUCAUCCCAGAGAAAAUCAGCAACAAGAAAUUGAACAAAAUGAUGGUAGAUUUUGAGAAGUAGUGUGAUGCACAAUUGUUUAUAAUCCCAUUCUUUUGGUCCCCUAGCCAAAUUAAAAUUAUUACCAAGUGGAUGAGAUUUUUGUUGUAGAUCCUUAAAUUUUAUUUGUUUAGUAGGGAGAAUCAGAUUAAUAACUCUCUUAUGUAUAACUACUGUACUUUAAAAUUAGAAUAGAGGGUUUUUAAGAUACAAAUGGUUCAACCCAACUUCCCAAUCUCAAAACUAUUUAUGUUAUGCUUUAAUUUCAACAAAAUUAGAAUAAGAAAAACAAAAGAGAAUAGUUCCAUUCUUUUUAUUUA